CAAAUUUCAGCUCACUAGCAAAAUGUUAAACUGUCAACAGAGUGACUAACACCUACUUUCAAUCUCAUGGGGUAGUUCUCGUUAUCAAAUCUAAAAUCCCUCUUCCAACACACAUAUGGGUUCAAGGAUACAACAGAGGCUCUGAUAUGGGAAGUGAAUACAGGUACCACCAGUCCCCAGGUGGAUUCACCACCUCCCAGUCAGGACAGAAAACCAAGAGGUCAGCCCUCCAGAUGAUGUAGUGUCCCAGCUACUGUCUGCCACAGUUGCCAGGGAAGUCUUCAGUGUUGGAGACAUUGAGGUCAACCAGGGCCAAAGGUCAUUGUUGGCUUUCAACCGCUGUUGCCUUGAGGACCUGAAUUACGUCACCUCACAUGCUGGAGGUAGUGCAGCACAACAGGAACCUGUGUAGUGGUGGUAAUGCUGGGGACAGACGCAUCAACGUGCGGGCUGAGUACCAAUCAGAGCCAGGUGUUGAAUCUGCUCGAGCUGCUCAGACUCAAAAGCCCAGGGGCAUCAGUCAACAGGAGCUACACAUUAAGCAGGAUUACCUCAGCAUGACUGUCAUCAAGUAAUGGAUGUGCUUUCUUUAUUUGAAUGUGUUUAGUAGGGGGGAAAUGUUUUAAAUCGUAUAGAAAUGGGGAGUUUUGGUCUUAAUCCUUCGCCUUUACUCCAUGUAACCAGUCCUUGGAGUUACUAAUUAGUGAAGGCCACAUUUUCUCCACCAUUGACAAGCAUUUCUGGUCCACUACGGGCUAGAGAAUGUCUUCUGUUGUUUCAGGUCCACUCACAUGAAUGGCUAUUGGAAUUUGUUUAAUAAAACGACAGAACAUUUUGGUUUAUCAACAUGCAUGACUGAUACUUGUGAUGGGACCAGUUCUUUAGAAUGUAUUUGUUUAUUUAUUAUUUACACUCAUAGGGAGAUUUUGGUGAAUGUGUUGACUGUGCCCUUGUUUUAUUUUGUUUGAGGUCCUCAAUGGUAUGUGACAGCUGAUGCACAGUGUAAAAUGUUGAUUGGCUAAACGAAUACUUGCAAUGAAAAUAAAUCAUUUUGCUGUCUUGAUUAGUAAAAUAAUCAACAACAACAUGGUGACAAACGUCAAAAUAACACUUUAUUGAAAAUUAGCCUAUUUCAUCAUAAACUACGAUACCCAGCUUUCUACAGACUAACCUGAAGUCCUCACUUUCCCAGAAUUCACUAGUACACGGUGUAAGAUGGCAGCAAACUCUAGCACUAACACACCUCUUUUUGACUGCCCGUCAUGGGCAGGGAAACCUCCCUCUGGACUCCAUCUAGAUGUUGUGAAGGGAGACAAGCUAGUAGAGAAGCUAAUCAUUGACGAGAAGAAAUAUUAUCUGUUUGGGCGGAAUCCAGACGUGUGUGACUUCACCAUAGACCACCAGUCGUGUUCGCGUGUCCACUCAGCCCUGGUCUACCACAGACACCUCAAGAGGGUUUUCCUGAUCGACCUCAACAGUACUCAUGGUACGUUUCUCGGUCAUAUCCGUCUGGAGCCCCACAAGCCCCAGCAGGUGCCCAUCGACUCCACUAUGUCGUUCGGGGCGUCCACACGGGUCUACACCCUGAGAGAGAAGCCCCAGCCCCAGAUCAGCACCAUACCUGGGGGAGAGGUGAAGGCAGGGGAGGAUGAGGAGCUCAAAGGACUAUUGGGUCUACCUGAGGAGGAGACCGAGCUGGAGAACCUGACAGAGUUCAACACGGCCCACAACAAGCGUAUCUCCACCCUGACCAUUGAGGAUGGAAACCUGGACAUCGUGAGGCCCAAGAGGAAGAGGAGGAGCAGCAGGGUCUCCUUCAGCGAGGAGGAGGAGGUCAUCAACCCAGAGGACGUGGACCCGUCAGUAGGGCGCUUCAGGAACAUGGUACAGACUGCUGUUGUCCCUAUCAAGAAGAGGAAGAUGGAGGGUCACGCUUCACUAGGUCUGGAGGACUCUGUGGCCAGACGCAUGCAGAACUUCCCCUUCAGUGGAGGGCUCUAUGGAGACCUCCCACCCACCAGUGGAGAGGCCGGAUCCCUCCCCGCCGCGGCCCAGGCUGGAGCUACUAUCCUGGGGGGCCUGCCGCUGGUCUUCCCUAACCCUGCUCCAGAGGUGGACCUCUCCCCCACCUCAGCCUCAGCACAGCCCUCCGUCACCCUCAACCCUGCUGCUAACCCUGCCCCUGGACCAUACACGGCCGAGGCGCUCAACGAACCACGCAAGAAGAAAUACGCCAAGGAGGCGUGGCCAGGGAAGAAGCCCACGCCUUCUCUUCUGAUAUAGGUCGUAUUCAAAAUGGCACCCUAUUUCCCUUAGUGCACUACAAAGUUAAUGCACUAUAUAAGGACUAGUGUGCCAUUUCAAAUUUGCACAUAGCACCUCCCUGGACAAUGUAAUGGGAGGGGUUAGUAUUAGUUAGGAGAGUGGUUACAUCUCUGAACAACCAAUCAAUCAAAACUUCCUGUACUGUACAAGCUGUGACAAAGGGAUAUAUAAGCAACCCUGAUAUAGGGAGACGUUUGUAAAAAAUAAUAUAUUAUUAUGGUUUGGAUGUUUUUGUUGUUGGUCUGUCUGCUUCAAACGUAUAUUAUAACAUGUUUUUUAUUGCUCAUCUCACUUGUACUGACAAAGUAGUGUCUGUCUGAGCUCAGAUUAUAAUGCUAUUUAAACUAAUUUAACCUAUACACAUACGCAGGCUUCUUGAAGCUUAUCAUACGACUUACUGUGACAGAUUGGUGCAUAUGAACCAUUUGUUUUCCAGGUUUAUUUAUUCUAAACUAAAUGAAACACCGCUCUGUUACAAAAACAAUCUUAUAAAUUUGCUAUUCACUCUGAAUUUGUGGAUAUUUUAAGUGCCGUUGGUUUCACUGAAAACCAUGUUACUGUCAAGACAGGGUAACGUUAACCAGACAAAGUCCGCUAGACAUUUUAGUAAUCCACUCAGAGAAGGCUAUGAACCGAGGGUCAAAAUUGUCUUUAAAGAAAUUAGGAAAAAACAAACCAGUUUGUGUGUGAGACAGUCGUUAUGUUUUUGCUAUUUUUAUACAAUUAUUCGGCAGUUGGUUGAAAUGGAACCCAUUAUUGGCAGAUAUGUAUGAAAUUCAGUUUUAUUUUUUUAUUUGAACCUUUAUUUAUUUAACUAGGCAAGUCAGUUAAGAACAACUUCUUAUUUUCAAUGACGGCCUGGGAACAGUGGGUUAACUGCCUGUUCAGGGGCAGAACAACAGAUUUGUACCUUGUCAGCUCAGGGAUUUGAACUUGCAACCUUUCGGUUACUAGUCCAAAGCUCUAACCACUAGGCUACCCUGCCGCCCCAGUUAACAAGAAUACAUUUAAAAAAUGUUUAAACAGUGACAUGAUGGUAAUUACAAAUAUCAAACAAAGAUAUGAAUUGUAUAAUAAACAGUAAUAAUCCAUACUCCUCUCUCUGCUGUGUGAGAUGAGAUGAUGGUGGGAAAGGAGGAUUCGUUUAGUCCCUAGAGAAAUCUCCCACUGGGUCUCUGCUGUGUUGCUUUCAUGUCCCCAGUUUUACCUUUUUACUUUACACGACGCCAUCUACUGAGAAAGCUCCUGGGAUGGCUAAUUAAGAGAUUUUUCAGCUUAUUAAUGGAUUUUUCAGCUAACUGAAUGUGAUUGUCUGUUCUGGGAACACGUCAAAUGUGUCAGUUGCUCUCCCAAGGUGAUGAGUUUUACUCAUGUCUCUCUUUUUGUUUCUGAUUAUUACUUGUGGGUUUGUUACAAAGCAAAAACAAAAGCAAUCUGUCCUCAAAACCAAUCUGUAGUUUUAUAGGAGUAAGAAUAAAUCUAUUAAAUUGUUGUACUCCCAUAGGUCACUGCUACUUCAUACACGAUGAAGGGUGUUUAUCCUUCACAAUAUCCAUUUGAUGCGCAAGCUGUCGACAGUGUCAAAUUCUAAUCUACAAUGUGGCUCAUUUUUAUUACUUGUAUUUCCAUGGUCAAUGCAGUGUUGGAUUCUACUAGAUUCUGACAACAUGUCGCUCAUUUUGAAUGUUGUGUUCUUAUAAUUGUUGAUCUCUUUUCCACCAGAGGGCAACAUGUGUACUGUGAUCUGCUCUCUUUUGUUGACUCUAGAAACAACCCGAUGUCUUCCUACCUCAAUGGAUUACUAUCAUCUCAUGCCAGUUGUUUCACAAAUGUUCUCCAUCUAGGAAGGAAAAUGAGAUCAUUAUUAGGUAGAUGCAUCCAUUUAGGAAAUAUAUUAUUAUAUAUUAUUGUUAGUGUUCUGUACCAAUGAAUAGAUGGUA